GAUCAAUCACACCACCUUCAGGAGCGAGUUGCAGGAGGUGCCCACGCGCCAAGAUGAGGCUGCUGCUUGCACUCCUCGGCUGGGUGGCUCUGGCGUCCGCAGCGCCAGUGAUCCGGUCCCAGAACAAUGAAAGGUUCCGCACGCUGCGCCCUGAAGUAGAUAACCUGCGCCUGUCGCCCUGCGACUACUGCCAGGAGCUGGUGACCACGCUGGAGUCUUUUGCCACCGACCCAGAGACCCAGGCGACUGUGGAGGAGUACAUUGAGUCCUCCGUCUGCGCCGGCCUGCCAGACCAGUUUGCGCAGAUGUGCACGCAGGAGGUUCCUGUGCUGGUGGCCCAGGCUGCCGACCUGAUUGAGAAGACUCUGGAUCCCAAGGACACCUGCGAAGCGAUGGGCAUCUGCCCCGGCUCCUCUGCCGCGCAGCUGCUGGGCGUUGAUGCCGCCAAGGGAUCCACCCCCUGGGAUUGCCCCGUGUGCAAGAUGGUCGUGAUUGCUUUCGUGGAGCGGCUGCAGGACCGGGAGGAGCGGCAGCAGAUCGAGGCCGACAUGCGGGCCGCCUGCGACAACCUGCCGCCCGAGGCCAAGGCUCGGUGCCUGGAUGACGUCACCAACCUGUUUGUGGCGCUGGACCACCUCCUCAGGGAUGUGGACCCCGAGGGCGUGUGCCGCGUGGCCGAGUUCUGCACCCCCAGCGGGGCCGCGUCCGCCAGCGGCAGCCCCGCCGCGCUGCGUGUUCUGGGCGCCACCUUCAGGGAGCUGGCUACGGGCGGCCCCGCCCGGAGCGGUGCUGCCAACGACAUGUGCCAGAACUGCAAGACCAUCGUAAUGGAGGCGGCAGCCAUCCUGCAGGACCCCAAGACCCAGGCCGAGCUGCUGGAGUAUGCCAAGGAGGGCUGCAACAUCUUUGCGGACUUCAAGGACCAGUGCGAGCAGUACGUGACGCUGUACGGCCCCCUCGUCUUCAACAUGCUCAUCUCCUACCUCCAGCCCGAUUCCGUCUGCACGCGCAUGGGCUACUGCUCCGCGUCUCCGCCCUUGGUGGUGACCUGAGAGCGUGCCGCAGCAGGCCUGUGGGCCCCAAGAGCCACCUGCUGGGCUUGGCUUCUUUGACACACCUGUAUCCCACCGGGGCUCUUGCCAAUCUCUUGUGCAUGUGCUGCCCCAGCUGUCCAUUGCGCGCGCCGCCUUUUGGCUUCAGUCACCCGCUGCCGCUGUACGUCCAUGCUCGCCUCUCAUGACCACAGCUGCCUUGCCACAAUCAAUCCUGAUGUGUUUCCUGGCCCACGCCAGGCGCAUGCAUGUAUCUUGAGUGUAUGCUUUUCGCCGCCUCAGUCUGUAAACCAUUGGCAAGC